GAGUCGGUCGCUUUUGAAGGGAGGAGCUUCCCAAACUCAAGAGUCCUGUUACUGAAAAUCGCAGAUUUAGGAGUGAAAGCGAAGCUGAAGCUCGAUCUACCGUCCCUUCCUUAAAGCAGAUCUUUGCGCGAAGGACGCACGCUUUGUCUUAUCGCCCAGGGCCACACUCUCAGGACUGAAGCAUGGAUGAUGAUUUUGAACGGCGCCGGGAGCUCAGGAGACAGAAGCGUGAGGAGAUGCGUCUAGAGGCCGAGAGGAUGGCCUCUCGUAGAACCGAAGAGGAUGAGGAGGAGGCUGCCCGUGAGCGCAGACGAAGAGCACGACAGGAGAGACUCCGCGGUAAAGAGAGUGAGGAUGUGCCGUACCAACCGGAGAGCACAGAGCUCAACAACAGCCAUAGCGUGACGAUGACAGAAACCGUGUCUUCUUCAAUGGUGUCCUCCAGCAGACCUGGGAAUGAUGAUGAUGAGGAAGAGGCCCUGCUGGAUCGUCUGGCUAAGAGAGAGGAACGCAGGCAGAAGAGAAUGAAGGAAGCGCUGGACAGACAGAGAGAGGUGGAGACCAGCCAGACCUCCCACUACGGCCUGGAGGAGAGCGACGUCGGUCUGCGACGCGGCCGGAGCUACGAGGCAGAGGAGGAGAUGAACAGCAAACAGGAGGAGAAACAGGAGGAGGAAGACACUCCCAGUGAGGAAAGAGAGGAAGAGGUGGUGGUGGAAAAGCCAAGGAGGUCUUACCUGAGAGAACAGAAAUCCAUAGAGGAAACAUCUAAAAUACCUGAUCAGGGCAAUAGUGAGCCUCCUUCCUCCAAAGAAAAUGAGGUGAUUUUAAAUGAAGGCGCAGAUGAUUCUGCGGUUGUUUUGGAGACGGAGGUGGAAAACAGCACAGCAGAGCUCACUUGGGAUUUACAGGAGGAAAAGAGAGGGGUUGAGAGAGAUGGGUUGACAGAGAAUGGAUUGAAUAAAAUAAGAGAGGCAGAGAGCUUUGAAAAAGAAGAGACAGAGCUUUCAGAAAAUGAGGUUUUGAUGGAAGAUGAAGAUGUGAUGAGGAAGAACAAACAGCCAAAUGGAGCAGUGUGUGAGGAGAGCACUCCCAAACACAAGAUAGCAGAGAGGAGCUUCAGCCGUGGCAGCCUUCGUUCUCCCGAGGUGCCCGAGCGGGAUGCCGACGGUGAGGAUGCUCGUCUGGAGGCCGAGAGAAAGCUGGAGGAACUGAAAAGGAGACGAGAUGAAAUUGAGAGCGAGGAGUUCGAGAAGAUGAGGCAGAAAUCGCAGGAGGCCGAAGCCGAGCUGGAGGAGCUUAAGAAGAAGAGGGAGGAGAGGAGGAAGGUUCUGGAAGAGGAGGAGCGGAGGAGGAUGCAGGAGGAGGAGGAGAGGAAAGCCAGGGAGGAGGAAGAGAAAAGGAGGAUGAAGGAGGAGAUCGAGAAGCGGAGAGCCGAGGCGGCCGAAAGGAGGCAGAAGGUGGAUGAUUCGGUGGAUGGAGAGGCCAGAAAGCCUUUUAAAUGCGUCAGCCCCAGAGGAUCAUCACUGAAGAUCGGUGAAAGAGCCGAGUUCCUCAACAGAUCUGCACAGAAGAGCUCGGUGAAGUCGUCUCAUUCUCCUGUGGUGUCUAAGAUUGAUAACAGAUUAGAGCAGUACACCACUGCAGUGCAGAGCAACAAGGAGGUCAGAUCUCCCAAAUCCGCUGCUAUAGAUCUUCCUAUGGUGACGGAUGGUAUUCGUAACAUUAAGAGCAUGUGGGAGAAGGGGAAUGUCUUCGGCUCCGGUGGGAGCCCGGCAUCCACCAACAAGGAUGCAGCUGGGAUAAAGGUGGGCGUGGCCGGCCGCAUCAACGAUUGGCUGACUAAAACUCCAGAGACGGGGAAGGCGUCAGGAAGACCAGCGGACCUGAAGCCCGGUGACGUGACCAGCAAACGCAGUCUAUGGGAAAACAAAGGUUCAUCUGCUACCAAGACGAGCAGAGGAGAGACAAAAUCCGUCACCAACGGAAUGGGCCAUUAACCCUUCAACGAUGCCAGAGAGGCAGGGACCAAGACAAUGCACAACACUUCUUUUUAAAACUUAAUAAUACCAAAAAAAUACAAGCAUUUUAUACUGCCCAGGAAUGUCUAUGUGAGUAGAUACAGUAUAAAAGAGAAAGAAAAGUAUAUAUUUUAUCACUGUUUUCACAGUCCUACGUCUUGCACCCACUUUAAUGUCGUGCCUUUGCGCGCGACGUCCUUUGAUAUGAAAUUUAGGCUGUAAAGAUUUGACUCUAUUGUUUAGAUGACAAUAUUAUAAAAAGCAGCCAUCUCUGAACAUUCCAAGAUUCCUUAUGUACAAGGAGUAACAACAUUCCAAAACCAUUUCUUUUGUCAAAUCUCAGUUAGUCACACCUUUCACCUGUUAAUUUAUAACUAAAGCAAAGCUUCACAUCGCAUUUCAUAUUCGCCUGUUUUGAAUAUGAGCACCAGUAGAGUAGCUGUAUUUUGUACUUUUUUGUCGUAGCGACACUUUUUUUUAAAUGCUCUUAAUAAUAUAUGUUAGCACAUAGUGUACGUUUUUGUAAUUAACUAUAUAUUGUACUGCUUGAUACAAUAUUGCGCUCAAUAUUAUUUUAUAUCGAUUCAGCAGAAGACCAUUAUAGUCUUAUCAUUAUCAAUUAUUAGCUUUUUUUACUCUUGGAUACACUGGUCUAAAGUUUCUUUGUGACCAUCUUUCUAAAAGUGUUAAUAACUAUGUGUCUGUAUUCACAAAGGCAGUUAGCAACUGUUUUUUUUUUUUUUAGAAAUCUGAACAAAGGGAACGUGCACUUUUUGGCCUAAAUCAUAUAUUUGAUAUGACAUAUUUGCAUAUGAUGCACAGUCAACUAAGACUUUUGGUCACUAAUGCAAACCCUGCUGAAAAGACCCAGCAUGAUUUGACAUGUUGUUUUUGCUUGGUUAGUGCUUGCUGGUGUACCCGCUUAUCUUUGGUGAAGCAUAGCUGGUUGACCAAAACAUGACAUGUUUGUGACCAGCAGCUUUGGUCUUUUCAACAGAGAAAGGUCAAAAUUAAGCCCAAUUCACGUUGUGUGAAUGAUUCAUUUUUUGAAAUCUAAAAUUGUGAUGUUGACCACUUAUAUAGCAUUUGUUAUUUGUUGUCCUCAUUUAAACGUUUUACAUGUAUCACUUCUGACACUUCCGUCAGAUAAAGAUUAUACAUUUCUGACGACUCAAGUUGACGUUCAUGUUCGACGAUUCUGUAUUCUGCUUGUAUUUUUGACAAUCAUCUUAUGUAUUGUUUCUGAAUAACACUAUGCAAGUCGCACCACCUUUAAUUCCAGUAACCUUGUUAAAUCUACGACUUAUUGUAGCCAACAGUUUCUUACGAAACAAAUGUGUGAACCAUAUAUCAUGUCUCAGCAACCACAAUAAAGAGAUCCAUGAAAACAC